UCACACUGGAUAUCGACCCGGUUAGUGUGCUUGUAACAACCGCUGAAUCUCGCGUACUCUGGGAAAUAUAUUUAUCGGAUUAAGCUCAAUGUGUGGACUAUAAACUAAACAAUAGGAAAAAUGGCUUUGCAAAUCGACAUUGGCCGGAAGUCGCUAGUUCGCGACACCCUGGAGAACUACUCGGCCGCCUCAAACCUAAUGCACAACGAGCGCGUCCGGGAGCUUAUGGCCGCCGGAGACACCAUCUACCACUUCGGCUUCGGUCAGGCACCAUUUCCGCUCAUGGACAAGGCCGCCGACCGUCUUCGGAAGUUUGCAGACCGGAGCGCGUAUCUACCAGUUGCUGGUAUCAAAGAACUAAGGGAUGCGAUCUGUGACUUCCAUAAACUCCAUGACGACAUAGAUCGAAGUGCUGAUGACGUCAUCGUGGGGCCUGGUAGCAAGGAGCUCAUUUUUCUGCUUAUGAACAUAUUUCAUGGAGACGUGCUGGUCAUUUCCCCGUCGUGGACCUCGUAUAAACCCCAGGUGCAGCUGUCCGGUCAUAAACCGCACGUGAUCACCGCGUGCCAAGCAGACGACUGGAAAAUCACACCGCAAUUAGUCAAAAAUUUUCUUCAAACAAGAGAUCUUUCUCCGGUGAAACUGUUGAUCUUUAAUAACCCAGACAACCCAACGGGAACGAUGUACAACAAACCAGAGCUGGAAGCACUGAGCGAGGUGUUCCGAUCGAAUGGAAUACUUGUACUAGCUGACGAGAUCUACGCGCGACUCACAUAUGGCGGCAACUUCACUUCCAUGGCAAAGGUGUACCCGGAAGGAACGAUUCUGUGUUCCGGGAUGUCCAAGUGGGCCAGUAUGGGGGGAUGGAGGUUGGGUUACCACAUAUACCCGCCCGGUCUAGCAGCCUUGAAAGAGGCCGUCCGGAGCGCAGCCAGCCACACAUACACGUCUGUUGCUGCGCCCAUGCAGUACGCCAUGACUGAGGUUCUACAGGACACAGAAACCUGUCGACAAUAUCAGCAACACACGACCCGCAUCAUGGCCGCCGUCGCCAAAUACUGCCAUAGUGAGCUUACUGCGGUCGGGGUGACGGCCGUGCAGCCUAAAGGCGGAUACUACAUUUUCCCCAACUUCGAGGUGAUUAGGGAGCAGCUGAGGCGUCGUGACGUCACUUCCUGUGAGCAGAUGGUCAACACCAUCUUCUGCGAAACAGCGGUCUCGCUGAUGGCCGGUGGCCCUGGAUUCCUACGACCGGAAGACGAGUUGACGGUGCGGUUGUGUUUCGUUCAUUUUGACGGAGCGAAGGCGCUUGCAGAAAGCGAGCGUCUAGGUCUGGAGCGCCCCCUACCGGACAACUUUGUUCACACGCAUUGUACUACCGUAUACGAGGGCAUUCAGAGACUGGUAGACUGGGUAAAGAAGUUGCUGUCGGAGUAAAAACCAGUAAUUUACUCAAACAGUCCAGUUGGGGCGAAGCGGAGCUGACAAAACCUUGUAUUUAAUCAAUAAUAUACGACCAUCAACACCAUUCAAUUUUCUUUAACAAAUUUAUGUCUUGUAUGUUGCAGCCUCCCAUGUGCUCGCUGUGACGUAGUUUAUUAUUGUUGAUGGUUGUGAAUUUUAGAUAAAUUUCUAAAUAAAUGUGUUGUAUUUAUAUCAGAA